AUGGGACCCCUUCCCGUGGUCGCCAAGGGCACUAUAUACCACGUGGCCACAGCUACACAAGCCACUAAGGCGGUGCAGGCCAAAGGCCGUAUCUUCGGUCUGCCGCCCGAAGAUCGCGCGAGAACGGGACCAAGAAAAGAGCUACGAUCCAAAGUCAAACGGCUGGGAGGAAAGAAAACGUGGGAACCUCACGGCAAGCUGAUCAAGGACCUGCCCAAGGUGGUGGCAGCGUCGAGGAAGAAGCACGCAUUACGCCAAAAACAACAGGGGCCCUUGAUCGAGCUGACAACGAGAAGAGGAACACAAUUGGAACGCAACUCCCACCCAACAAGGACGGAAUGCGACAGGACGGCGGCUAGUUCCAUCGGCGCUCGUGGUGUUAAGCUGCUUCCGUUCUUCCAGUACGGCGGCCGGAUCGGUAGCAUACCACCCGGCGCCGACUGGUCUGUCUCCAACUUUGGAACGCUAAAGUUUAACAUCGUCUUCCGCGCCGCGAUCGAGACCCACCAGCAGCACGACAUAGCCACAGAAUUUACCCUUGGGACCAACCGGGGCCAAGGGGUGUGCCCGCGCGCGCCGACAACUAAGGCCUACAGUGGGAUCUAG